AUGCGGCUCAAAUCAGCUGGCCACCGUGUUACCGGCCUAGAUCUGAGUGGCGCAGGGCUGGACACGAUCUCGACGAUACAUGACUUCAUGCGACCACUGAUGGAACUGAUGGCCUCUCUUCCUCAGGAUGAGAAGGUUAUAUUGGUAGGUCACAGCUACGGAGGGUUUUGCAUUUCGCUAGCCAUGGAGAGAUUUCCCGAGAAAGUCGAAGUGGCAGUUUAUAUUGCAGCAUUCAUCCCUAGACCGAAAAUCCCGGCUGCACUUCUCAUGCAAGAGCUCUUCAGAGAAAGCAAACUGGAGACGUCAAUGAGUGAAAACUAUACAUUUGAUCAUAACCACGAUCGUGGGAAGGGAAACGAUUACCUGGCCGAGAAGCUGUACCAAAACUGUCCACCAGAGGACCUGGAAUUAGCGAGGCUGUUACCAAGACCGGUGAGGAUGUUCAUGGAGGACUUGGCAAACGAAUCCUCCCUCACGGAAGAGAGAUUUGGGUCGGUCGAAAGGGUUUUUGUGGUAUGUGGAGACGACAAGGCCAUUGGGGUGGAGUUUCAGAGACGGAUGAUUGAUCGGAAUCCUCCCAAGGCGGUGAAGUUGAUCGCAGAAGCCGAUCACAUGGCCAUGCUCUCCAAGCCCCAUGAGCUCCGCCAAUGCUUGGAGGACAUUGCAAAGAAUUGCUUUUGA